AUGGAGUUGAUUCAAGGUAUCAUCCAGCCACCUAAGGCACAGUCCGUAGAAGAAACAAUACCUACGCUAUGCGACAGACUUGAGAAUUCGACGUUAAUUAGUGAUAGACGAUCCGCAGUCUUGGGAUUGAAAUCGUUCAGCAGGGAAUACAGGGAGACUGUGGUUGCUUCGGGACUUAAGUCGCUGAUCAAUACGUUAGUUAAGGACCAGGAGGAUGAGGAUUUGGUGCGAGCAGUACUCGAGACGCUAUUGAUUUUAUUUAUUCGUGGGGAGGGAGAAGAGGAUCUGACUCGUAAUUGGAUUUCGCAGCAGUCUAGAUUGCAGAAUGGGAAGUACCCAUCGCCGUUGGUGAUGAAAGAGGAAAACGAGUCUGUUGACCAGUUUUCCUUGUGGAUCACGGACGCAUUGACCCAGACAGAUGAGGUAAUCAAGCUUUUGUUCACCUUUUUGGAUUCGUCGGUGUUCCAAAUCAAGCUAUACUCAAUCCAGCUUCUUGAAGCGUUGAUAGCUACAAGACCCACAAAGGCAAGGGAGGUUAUUUUGAAUAUACCAACAGGUGUGUCCAAUUUAGUAAAGCUCUUGGAUGAUAUCAACGAGCCAAUUCGUGAUGAAACAAUUCUACUUCUUAUGGCAGUCGUCAAUGACAACUCGCAUUUCCAAAAACUAGUUGCAUUCGAAAAUGUGUUCGAAAAGCUCUUCUCUAUCAUCGAUGAUGAGGGUGGCCUCAGAGGCUCCCUGGUAGUCAACGACUGCUUGUCGUUGAUUAACAACAUUCUAAAGUACAACACAUCGAAUCAAACUUUAUUCUUCGAAACUGGGAACUUACAACAUCUAAUAAACCUAUUAAGGGAACCUUUAUCUACGGAGGAAGAGUUUUUUUGGAACGAACAGCGCAUUAAAAACGUCAAUACAGUACUAGACAUAAUUAGAUUGACCGUCGAAGAUGGUAAUACCGUAACAAAGGCACAUCAAGACAGACUAUUUGAAGCAGAAGGUCUCAUGGUUGUCUUAAGAUUGGCAUUCUUCAUCCAUACACCUAACGAUACAAGGUUGACUGCAUUAUUAACAAUCGCAGACAUGAUUAGAAGUAACAGCGCGAUCCAGCACAAAUUUUCCCAAAUUGAUGUGCCUUAUUGGGACCCAAGUAUGCCUUCAAGCCCAGUAUCUGCAGAGACAAAACUCGUACCAGUAACCACUUUGCUUUUGUCUUGGACCCUAAAUUUGAAUUCUGUACAUAUUUUCGACAUCAGAGUGGCCUCGUUAGAACUACUAAAGUCAUAUUUUCUCGAAAAGGAAAAUAGAGUCUCGCUCUUGGCAGAUCAGAUCGAAAAAUUCAAUGAAACGAGCGAUAGCAUCGAGUCAAAUACUAACGCAAGUGUUCUUGAACCAAUCUUCAACUACGACCCAAACCUAAAUCUAAACCCUUACAAAUUGUUUUUCUCUACAGAUUUGCUAAUGUUCUUCAUUUCUUGUGACAAAUCAGAAGGUACUACACUUUCAAUGCUCAGAGAUAUCAGUUUUGCUGGCGAUAUUGAUGAUAAUGAUGAUGAGAAGAUGGUAGCAGUUCAGACUGUUGGUGAACUUUUAAUCACCAGUUUUAAUUCAAAAGAUAUUCGUAUUCCAAUUGCAUUUUUGUCCUUUUUGAUAUUUUGGUUAUAUGAAGACCCAGUAUCAGUGAGUCAAUUCUUAAGCAAUAAAUCAUUGAUAAACAGUUUGGUUUCAUUCGCAGUCCAAGUGGAGCAUCAAGACACUUCUCUAAGAUGUUUAGUUACCAUGCUAUUAGGUGUUAUUUAUGAGUUCUCAUCUCCGGACUCUCCUUUGACGAGAAAAGACCUCUAUGGACUAUUAAUUAGCCGGAUUAGCGAAGAUAACUAUUCCUCAAGGAUUAAACAAUUAAGAGAAAGUGAGCUCUUUACUUCCUCUCCAGAAUCUUAUCUCGCUCCCUCGUUUGACGAAACAGGUUUGCCAAAUAUAUUCUUCAGCACAUACUUUAUUGAUCUCGUCAAUAAAAACAUUUACAGGAUACAAUCUUCGCUGAAAAGACCACCUGAUGAGUUACCAGCAGUCAAAAUCACUUUUGAGCUCUAUGAUCAACUUUUAAGUGAUUUCCAUAAGACAAAACUUGACUUGACUGCAACAUCUGCAGAAUACAAAGAGAAGGCUGACUCUCUUAACAAAGAGCUUGAUAAGGUCACAGAAAAACUCCAAAGAAUUGAGGAAGAAAAGAAUCAAGCAGAAUCAGAGCUAAAAAGAAUGACAUCUGAGUAUGCUGAUAUGAAAAGAGAUUUGGAACAAACUAAAGAAAAUCUACACUCUGUAUCAACUACUUCGAAGAACCUUGAGGAAUUGAAAAUAAAGAAUUCAACAGAUAUUGCAGAAAAAGAAAAGCUAUUACAACAAUUGAAAGAUAAGGUUGAAAGAUUAGAGCAAGAACUUUUAGAUAUGACUAACCUUAAACUGAAAGCAGAGGAUGGUAUCAACAAAAUGUCUAGAGAACUCUUUUCCUUAACAAAAGAAAAAGAAUCGUUGAAAACUGAGGUAACUAACCUGAACAAUCAACUUCAAAAACAUGAAAAAAGCUCUUCAACUCAGAUUGCAUCUCUCCAGAAGCAAAUUAAUGCUAAAGAUCAAGAAAUUUUAAAUUACAAUAAGAGCCUAAAGGAUUAUAGAGAAAAAAACAAUGCUUUUGAAAAGAAAGUGAAUACUCUCACGAAAGAAAAAGAGGAGUUGGAUGCAAAGCUUUCAAGCCAGACAGCUUUGAUUCCUAAACUCACAGAAAAGUUAAAAUCGCUGGCAAAUAACUACAAAGAUCUUGAAGCUGAAAAGGAAGAAUGUGCGAAACAAUAUCUAGAGGAAAAUGCAACAAUCCAAAAGUCUUUAAAUGAAGCCAACGCGAAGAUAGAAAUGAUCCUUGAAGAAAAAACUUCAUUGAUAAAACAGUUGGAUGAACUUAAGCAAAACCACAAAAUAGAAACUUUGAAGACAGAAGAGUCACUUGCUCGGUUGUCUACUGAAAAUUCAGAAAAAACUGCAACCAUAAUACACUUACAAAAUAGUAUCAAAGAGUUACAAUCUCAGUUAGAUGUGUCAUCCUCACAGAAUGAUCAACUUGAGGAGAAGAUCAAAGUUUUGAAUGCUAAAUGUUUAGAUUUGGAGAAGUCAUUGAACAUCGCAAAAAAAUCGUCCGCUGAUUCAGCAAGCACUAUAGAGGAGCUAAAUGAUUCUAUCAUUGCCAUUAAUGAGGAGUUACAAGCUGUGACUUCAGAAAGAGAUUCACUGAGUAGUAUUAAUAAAACUUUAUUGGAAGAAAAAAAUAGUUAUGAAGAUACAAUCAAGGAAAAAGACGUUCAUCUAGAGGAAGUGAAAAAGAGUUUAGAUGGGCUAGAGAUUAAUAUACAACAACUGAAAGAUGACCAUGAUAAAAAAGUAUCAGAGUUACAAGACACGAUUGACCAAAAGGAAUUCAAACUAUCAGAACUUCAAGACAACAUAAAUGCUCUUGAACAUCAAUCUAAAACCACAAUUGAUGCGUUAAAUUCUGAGAUCGAGGCUCUUAACACAAAAAUUAAAGAAUUUGAUUCUUUGCAGGCAUCAAGAGAUGAAUUAACGUCAGAACUUGAAAACAAGAGCCAAAAAAUAAAGUCUUUACAGGAAGACUUUGAAAAGAACCUGAAAAAGGAACAGGAAAAGUCCGAAGAAUUAGUUUCAAAAUUAGCGGAGAAAGACACCAAAGUUUUAGAUCUAGAAUCUAAGGUCGAAGACCUUACUAAAUCAAUAGCUUUAUCUCAAGAAAAAUUGGAAGCCAAGGAUAUUGAAUUGAAAAAGCACGAAAUUAAUGUCAAGGAAAAAAUAGCCUCUCUUGAAUCAUUGAACCAUGCAUUAAAUAGUGCCAAAAAGGAAAACCAAGAUUUGUUGUCCUCACUAGAACAAGAGAAGGCCAAAGCCAAAAAAGAGCAAGAAAAAUUGAUCGAAAAUCUCUCUAGCGCUAAAUCAGAGCUAAAGGAAAAAAUUGAAGAGCUUGAAGAAGAAAGGAAGCUUUUAACUGAAGGUUCCUCUGAAUUGAAUCAACAGUUUUCGGCAAAAAUUUCUAAACUUGAAGGGACUUUAGAGAAGACUAAAACUAAUUACGAAAAAAAAAUGCAGGGCUUAGAAGAUACCAUCGACUCACUUCGAGAACAAUCUAAAAAGGUUCAUAAGGAGCUUGAGGAAGAAGUUAAUAAACUUCGCACCGAAACUGAUAAAAGACAAAAAUUAGAGAAAUUGAUCGCUCAGAAAGAUAAAGAAAUACAAGACUAUAAAGAAAAGCUUGACUUAUCUGAUUCUAAUUUGGUUAGCUUAACCGAAAAAUUAAAGAGUACCAACGAAAGGUUAGACGAUGCCAUUAAGAACUCCUCAGAAAUGGAAGCUCUCAGUGAAAAAGAGAAAGAAAAAACCUUAGAAGGUCAAAAUAAAAUCCGUGCCCUAGAGGCCGAAAUAGAGAGCACUAAAGGUUUGCAAUCUGAAAUUGAUGAUGUUAAAAAAGAACUAGCAUCUGUAAUCAAGGAGAAAACGUUUCUUUCAAAUGAAGUCAAGGCUCUUGAGGAGAAAUUAUCAGAACUAGAAUCAAAAACUGAGGCAGAUACAUCCCAAAUCACAUCCUUAGAGAAUGAAUUAAAGCAAGCUACUGCAAAUGUUGAUGUUUCCAAUAAUAAAAUUAAAGAAAGUGAAACAUUGCUAGAAAAAACCAGAAAAAACCUGGAGAUCUUGCAAGAUCAAUACAAUGAAGCAAGAGAUAACUUUGAAUUGAAGAGUACCGAAUUAAAUGCCGUGAUGAAAGAUAACCACGAACUCAAAUUAGAGUUCGAAGCUCACAAAACAUCUAAUGAUUCACUUCUAAAUAGUCUCAAGAAGGAAAAUCAAGAGUUAUUAGAGAACAUAUCUAAAUUGAAGGAUGAACUACUGCAAAAGGAAAAAUCCACAGUUGAUUUAGAACAGUCUUCAGUGAAAGAAAGGGAAAAACUUUCUAAAGAGCUCUCUGAGAGUACUUCUAAACUUACAGUUCUUUCCGAGGAAAAAGAUUCCCUGAAUAAAGAAAUCACAAUUUUAAAGAAAGAAUUGUCAGAAUGGAAAAAACGUGCAGAGGAUAGAUCUGAAAUAGAUGAGUUAAUGAUCCUAGUGUCUGAACUAGAUGAGCAAAAGUCAAAAUACAAGCAAAAACUUUGUGAUUUAGGCGUUGAGAUAUCAUCCGAUGAAGAAGAAGAAGGAUCCGAUGAUGGUACAGAUGAAGAUUAG